UAGCUCGUUGUCCAUCCUGUCUGUCUGCCGCUCCCUGUUAGCUGAACGGAGACGAAGGGCUGUUUUAUGUCUCAGUAACAGUUAAAAUACAAACUCCAAACGUGGUUAAUCUUAGAAAAAGUCUUAACACAGUGGCCAGGUAACGGUUAGUGCUCGCAGGUGUGUUUACUCUGACUGAAAAGGUGUUCCGGACCGUGAGUAACGUUAUUUCCCUUCCUCUUUGGUGUUUGUUCCUGUGGUCUGAAGAAGAUUAAAAAGAACUGCUCCGAUAAGUUUCGUGCUGGUGUUUCCUACAGGUGCUGCUCGCUCGGUUCCUUCACUUUAGAAGAAUAUAGAUGGCGGACUGUGUCACUAAGGUGGAGCUGAGUGUCUCCUGUUCUGACCUGCUGAAUAAAGAUGUCAGAUCAAAGUCUGAUCCUCUGUGCGUGCUGCUGCAGAGCUCAGGAGGAGACACCUGGACUGAGCUGGGUCGUACUGAGCGUGUAAAGAACUCCUGCAGUCCGUCCUUCAGUCAGCGACUCAGAGUGGAUUAUAACUUUGAGACGGUUCAGAACCUAAAGCUGGGUGUCUACGAUAUCGACAACACUAGCGCUGACCUCGGCGAUGAUGACUACCUGGGAGGGGUGGAGCUAACACUGGGACAGAUAGUUUCCAGUAAAACUAUCUCCAGACCUCUGCAGCUGAAGAAAGGCAAACCUGCAGGGAAAGGAACCAUCACUAUCACAGCAGAGGAGAUAAAGGACAACAGAGCCAUUGUGUUGGAGUUUGAGGCUAGAAACCUUGACAAGAAGGAUACGUUUGGAAAAUCUGAUCCGUUCCUGGAGUUUUUUAAACAGGGAGACGAUGGGAAGUGGCAGCUGGUCCACAGAACAGAGGUGGUGAAGAACAAUCUGAACCCCUCCUGGAAGAUGUUUACUGUUCCUCUACAGACGUUCUGCAGCAGCGACCUCGAAAAGCCGCUGAAGGUGGAUUGCUCUGAUCAUGACGGUGAUGGAUCUCAUGAUCUGAUUGGUUCUUUCACCACUAAAGUCUCUGAGCUUCAGAAAACUGCACAUGGUUCACGGGUGGAGUUUGACUGUAUCCACCCUGAGAAACAGAAGAAAAAGAAGACCUACAAGAACUCUGGAGUUGUCUCUGUGAAGAGCUGUAAGCUGGUGGCUCAGUACACCUUCCUGGACUAUAUCAUGGGCGGCUGCCAGAUUAACUUCACUGUGGGGAUCGACUUCACCGGCUCUAAUGGGGAUCCUCGCUCGCCCAACUCUCUCCACUACAUGAGUCCUGACGGGUUGAACCAGUACCUGUCUGCUCUGUGGUCUGUGGGUGAGGUGGUCCGGGAUUAUGACACUGAUAAACUCUUCCCAGCCUUCGGUUUUGGAGCCAAACUGCCUCCAGACUACCAGGCUGCACACCAUGAAUUCGCCCUCAACUUCAACCCCACUAACCCCUACUGUCAAGGUAUUGAGGGGAUUGUUACCGCCUACAGGAUGGUUUUGCCUCAGCUCAGACUCUCUGGACCUACAAACUUUUCUCCAAUCAUCAAUCAUGUUGCUUCCAUCGCCGCCACAGCUGCGCAAGACAACAAUGCCUCUCAAUACUACAUCCUUCUCAUCCUCACUGAUGGUGAGAUCACUGACUUUGACCAGACCAAGGACGCCAUUGUUCGGGCGUCACGUCUGCCGCUGUCAAUCAUCAUUGUAGGGGUGGGGCCUGCGGAUUUUAAGGCCAUGGAGCUUCUGGAUGGGGACAACGGUGUGCUGAAAUCGACGGCGGGGGAGGCCGUCGCCAGAGAUAUUGUCCAGUUUGUCCCAUACAGACAGUUCAAAGAUGCUCCCAAGCAGGCUCUGGCUCAGUCUGUUCUCGCUGAGGUUCCCAACCAGCUGGUCUCUUAUUUCAAAAUGAGAGGUCUUGAUCCACCUAAAGCUGCACCCAAAGUCUAAACCUGGUCCUCGCAAAGCCUAAACCCCCACCUGUGCACACUCCCCAAUCCCACACAUAAUGCUGAAUGUCCACCCUCAUCUCAUUCCAGGAACAGUCACAAAGUCGACACCCCUUCAGGGAUCAUGUGUUACAUGGAAUCCCAGCCAAUCACAAUGCAGCAUUGAGCUGUAAGCCAAUCGGGAUGCCCAUUGUUUUAAAAAUCAGUUUUAAUUUGUAUCCUUUUUAUUCAAUAAGUGGAAUGAAAAUAAUGUAGUAUAGAUGAUUGAUUAUUGAUUCCCUCUGCUGCUGCUUCUACACUAACUAUGCAGAUAACGUGUUUAACAAUCACAGAGCCAGACUCACACGCACACACAAGAAGAUAAUGUCUCCAUUAUCAUAGUAACAGAAGAAGGUCAAUGAUCCCCUGAGAGCUGAACUUGUGUAAAAACUGUAUUGACUUUUUGUGGGGAGAAGUUUUAUCCCAUUCACUUCAAUACAGUCAGUUUUAUCACAGUAGCAUCUAGUGGGCAUUAAAAGAACUGCAGCUGUAGGUACCAUUGGUGACACUAUGCACCAUGAGCCAGGUGUGUGUGUGUGUGUGUGUGUGUGUGUGUAUGGCUCUGAUAAGCUUUAUUGAUCAGGAAUAGAUACUUUGCUUUUGCUCUAAAUGAUGGAAAACGGAAUCAUGAAAGAUAAUAUAUACUAUUUAGCAUAGCUUUACUACUAUAGCCUUAAUGUAAAACUUUACUAUAGCCUUACUGUAGGUCUGUGGCCUGUCUGACCUUAGCACGCUGCUUCAGCCUGAAUGUUUCCAGAUUGUUCUCGUUUGACUCUCAAGUUCAACCUGUGUUUCCUAAAAUGGGGCUGACCCCUCUUUGACCCUUAAAAUACCAAAACCCAUCACCUGCAACGUCCCAUACCUAUCUGUAUUAUACACAAGUUAGGCAGCGUGUCGCAUGUGAAAAGUAGCACUUUUAACAUGGACUGGCUUCAGGCAGUAGAAGCACCAAUUGAUCUAAUAAUAAAAACUAAACCUCUUCAGAAUGACAGCAUAAAAGACAAUAUUGAAAUAACAGUAUGAAUAUGGACUGGAGUAAAGACUACAGAUGACGAGGUCUCUGAAAGUGCCUUUUUGAGUAAACUCUUAACAGAAAGACUCUCCGACUUGAAUGUUUGCUGGGAGUCAACAUGGUCGCCUUAGUCAUGAUGUAAUGCUACGUUCAGGCUGUGUGGAAGUUAAUACUGUCAGCAUCCAAGUGAGCUUUUUUUCAAGUUGUAGGUUAAUAAUAGGUUUAUGUCUGAAAAGUGAACAAACAUGGUGCCCACACACACACACUGCCAAAGCUUCAUCUGCAACCACUUUAAAUCACUUAGAAUGUUUUUUUACAUCGCCCUUUUAACCACUUAAAAUCACCUCUUCUGUGGUGGAUGUUGACAGAAAUAAUAAUUGCAUUUUAAUAAAAGCAUUUUUUCAGGGUCCACUAUAUUAAACAGAUAUAUUUGUAUUUCAUGUUAUUUGUAGCGCUUGCUUUUUUUUUUACAUUAUAAAAUUAGUUAACUCAUGUUUGGGAACAGUCUGUAACAAAAUAAUCUCUUAAUAGUUUUUGCAGUUUACAACUGCAACUGUAAAGCACUUUUAAAUGAUAAAGUGCUCAAUGAAUGCAGAGAACAUCUUUGAACAGAGGCGGGUCAUGAUUUCCACUCAGAUGUCCACCACAAGUUCCAUGUUUAGUGACGACGCCUGAGCAAACUCCCUCUGCUGAAAGACUGAGAUGUGGUUGAAAGCUCUGGGGACAGUUAAAGUGAUGGUUUUUUUUGUUGUUAUUUUGUCAGACACAGUAGUUAUUUCUUUUUUUGUUACUUGAAGGAGUAUUUGAUAUUGCUCUGUCUGCCUCUUCAGACUUUCUUUCCAAGACAACAAUAGAAAUCUAUCCUGAGUUUACAGAUACAUUUUGAAUUUUCUGGUCAGAUUUGAACAGCUUUUUAUAUUUUGACAAAAAAGAGGAUGAAAGUGUUGAUUUCUAAAGAUGAGUCCGGAUUCUUCCGAAGGAGAGUAACAUCUUUGUCUGUUUCAUUAAGAGUUGAGACCUCCUAAACAGGCAUGGAUACAUAUGAACAAUUCGUUCUUUGGUUAAACUGUUCAAACACAUAUCAACAUAAACAUCUGCUCUAUUAACCAAAGAACAAUGAAUUGUUGCUUUGUUUUAUUUUUACACAUUUUAGAGGCAUUGGGAGAUAAGUGAUGCAAUUAUGCACAAGCAAAAAGCAUUUUGAAUAAAACAAAACAACCUACAGACUACUUUCUGAAGUUUCUAGGUUGACAUUCAUUUUAACUGAAACGGUUUGACAAAAGCGUGAGAUGCCCUAUGAAAACUCUAAAUAAAGUGGGCCAUGAGUUCAGAUUUGAUGUUUAAUCGUCUUGUUUUGAUGCCAAACUGUAGCAGAUCCUGUAUAUUUGAAGUGUGUCCCUAGCAGGCUGCUAUGAUGUCCUCCUUGUUUAUUUUCCUCUUCAUUGCCAAAUACUUGGUUUAUAUCUUUGUUGCAGUUGAAGGGAAAUCUUGUUUUCAAUACGAGAUUCAACUGGGAGAAAUUUCAGAUGAAGGUCUGCAUUUUUCAUUUUAAUCAGCUGUUAAUUAAGUUAAAUGAAUAUAUGAAAACCUAAAUCAUUAUUAAAAUCUGAUCUUUCAGCCGAACACGCUGUAUUUUCACUGUAACCCAGGCUGCCAAAUCACAUGGUGCUGUGAUGUCAUCAAGGAAAAAUUGUGCCCAAAUUUGUAAAAGCUCAAACCAUCACAGGGAUGAAAAUCAGCAGCUGGAAAAGGGAAAAAGAAAGUGCUGACAGUUUUAUCUUCAUAAAGAACUACACCACCCAAAAUGCUUUGCUCCACAGUGCAGCUAACUGUGAUGAAAUGGUUUCUGUCCUCUUACUGGUUGAUAUACACAGCAUCCUGUGACCACCAGCUUUGCUGCUCACUUAUUCGGCUAACUAUUAUUAACUCACCUGUAUAACCAGUAAUGAAUGCUGUCUGAAAUACAAUAAUAAAACAACUCUGGACGUUU